UUGUCCGAAAAGCGUUUCUUUCACUCUACACAAUCUCCGGAACACAUUCAUCUAUCCAUUUAAAAGGGAAAAAAAUAAUUCCCAUAGCCUUCUUGUGUGAGUUAUCAUUUAAUGACAUAAUCUGUAUACAGUGUCACCGCCAGAAAGGUAGGCUACUCUAAAUAAUUUUUGUAAUCUGCCUGUUUUUGUUUACUAACAAACUGGCUUCUUUGGAAUAACGAAUUUACCUAUGCCAAACAUUGGCAACUUUAGAAGACCCAGCCUGUUAGCAUUUAUUGAUUUAACCCAGCGGUUCUCAACCUGUGGGUCGCGACCCUUUCACAGAGUUACAUAUACUCUACAUUUAUACCUAUCGUAUCUAUGACAAUAUUUUUGUGGUUGGGGGUCACCAUAACAUUAGACAUUGACAUUAGAGUUUAGAGUUUAGAGACUGUUUUAAAGGGUCACGGCAUUAGAAAGGUUGAGAACCACUGAUUUAACCAUUACAUUUAUUUAAAUGAGAUGUUUUAUAAAAGUAAAAGAUUGAUAACAUGAAUAAAUCAGUAGACUUAUUUUUUGUACUAUCUGGUAAAAGACUAUUAUUGUAGAACUAGAACUAGUUGUACUCAUUAACUCACGCACUGUUAUAGUACUACUUAGGCUACUUAGUAGUAGUAGUCAAUAGUGAAUAAACCACUUGCGCGUUACUUGGCACUCCUCAGAACUGCUGUUCCAAAUGAAAAAUUGAAUACUUUUGGUUAGAAAGUGUCCGGCUAACAGCCUAAUUAAUAUCAUUAUCAUCGAUACAUUUUAUGGAAAAAUGAAUGUUAAGACUGUUAAUUUUAAUGAGAGACCAGUGGUUUUGCACAUGCACAGUUUUCUCAUUUUAGUUUUAGGUUCAAUUACCAAUUGAUUGAUGAUACCUGGAAGCGAAAAUUUGGUUCUGCAUUUAAAUGGCCUCCCCAUUUUGUUUAGGCUUUGCUGAGAUAUGUUUUCCCCACAGUAUUUCAUUUGAAUUUUGUUUAGAUUAGAAACUAUAAACUAGAAUUCAAUAUAAAUUUCAAUAAUUUCAUAGCACAUUUAUAAAUUCAUUGUUAUGAUUGUAUUAACAGUUAAGUUUGUUUCCAGUCAAUCUCAUGUCCAUCAGCAUCACCAUGUUGACUCUUAACUUUGUAAAGUUGACUGGGUGGGGCGAGUUGAGCCCUAAAACUAGAGGAAUAUUUGGAGUUUCUGUGGGCUCACAUGCACAAUAAUUAUGACACUUUCUUUUUUUCCACCCUCUAGCCUCCGGGCAUCGGAAUACAAUGUAAUCUAAAAUAAAAUUAAAAUGUCUAAUCGCAUUAUUUUUUCUGAUUAGAAUAAGAUUUUAAGAUAUUUUAAAAUGAAACUAUCAAUUAGCAAGCAUUGAAGAAGUUAUUUUAAAUUUAUUAUAUUACAAGUAACCGUUUCAAAUGAAAACAAUAAAAUUGGGCCUCACAAUGUAGAGUUGCAUGUUAAAAAAAGUACACACAAAAUUAGAUUUUGACAAAUUUGAGUAGUUCAUCAUUUAAAUGUACCGGUACAGUAAUCUUUUUAUUAAGAUCAUUUUAGCCACAAUAGCUGCAAAUUUUUUAUGAGACCUUAUAAAUAACUUAUAGCCCAAGUUAUAUGUUUUUAAAAAUUAGCAACAGAUUAAAACCUGUCAGUCCAGGGGAAUAAUGGGUCCCAGUGGCCAACAACCCUUUGCCAUAAUAGGGGCAUAAGAAGAAAAUCAACAUCUGCUGUUUUCAAUCAGUGUUAGACUUAGACUUUUUAAGUAUCAGCAGUACUUUGAGACCAAUCCUUCUCAAAAGAAAAACCACCAUCAGGGAAUAUGAGAUUAAUGGAAGCUUGGAAAUUCCUGAUUAAAGUAAAAUAUAUUUUCUCCUUGCGCCACUGUUUGGUACAUGUCUGCCUCAUACCAAGAAUAAAAUGUCCACAGUUGUUACCACCUAUGAGAAGAUACUUGAGUGGAAUAGACAUGCAGCUAAAUAGGGCAGUUAUUUAUAUUUCAGGAGGAGAAAACCUUUAGUAAAAAAACUCAACCUCUUGGUCUUAAGUCAGUAGCCAGUGUUAAAUUUUGUUUUGUUUGAGACAAUAAAAAAUUCCAUAUGUUUUUUAACUGAACAGUUAAAAAUUUUUUAAUAAUGUUUAGUCGGGAAACCAAUUUUAUAUUAGAAUAUUAAUAUUAAUAUGAACCAUCAAGAACAGUUAUAAUGUCUAAAAACUAUAAAUAAAUAUAAAAUAAAUGCAGCGGUAUAUUGAAUAAGUCCUCGUUAAAAAAAAAAAAAAUUUUUUUUUUUAUACGUUCUUUGUUCACUUUCCUUUUAAGAUAUGUCAACAAGUGUCUAUUGCAUUGUUAAAUGUUGGGUGAUUCAAUUGGGUAUGUUUCAGAAGUAACUGAAUAUCCAGAGAAAAUACUAAAAUUAUUUUACUUCCUUAGGUUGUCUUUGAAGCAAUCUCUAGGAAGUUACAGAAAUUAAAGUAGGAAUUUCCAUUGAAAAUGUCCAGCACUCUAUUCCUGUUUCUAAAGAUGGCAACCCCAUUUAUAACAAAAAGAUCAACCGUAUAUAAAACCUCAAAAAAUGCUGUAAAAUAUUUAACUGCACUGGGCCUUGCAUCUCGGAUUUUUAUGCCAACAUACGCAUGCACAGCUCAUCUGGUGAGUAAUUUUUUGCAAAAAUAUUUAAUAGCUUAUUUUCCUCCACUAAAGUAUUUAUUUAAUUGUAAAGUUUAAUUUCAUGCACAAAAUGUACCAAACAUCAAAUGGAAGUAUUUGUUAACACCAUGAAUAAUUCCAUAUCCUGUUAAAUUCACCUUAAGUCCACAAACCAAACAGAUGUCAAUAAAGUGUAGGGCAACAUUGUCAAAUGAUUCCACUAGGCUUGCAAUUAUUCUUAGUGCCAUUCAACCCCACUACUUUUUCAAUUAUCACAUUUUCUAUUUGGUAGAGUAUAAGAUUUUUGUUCCUGUUUAGCUUUGGAAGAUUAUACAACUUUCAGUACUGUUUAACUUGGGCAAUGUCAGUCCAAUGGAUGUUUUAAUAUUCUCCUUUUGACUGAAAACAUUAUGCAUGCGUAAAAUACCUUAUAAAAGUCUGGAGAAAUUAUGUGUUUUAAACAUCAAGAUUUAUUAUGAUACUUCUUUAUCAGCACUCUACUCCAAACAAUUGUUCGUCUGAUGAAGUUUCCAAAGCUCAGGCAGCAAAGUUAUCAGGGGCUCCCACUAUCUUUUCAAAGAUUAUAGACAAAACGAUACCAGCUAAAAUUCUCUAUGAAGAUGACCAGGUAAAUACUAUUUAAAGUAAAUUAAAGAGAAAACUUUAAAUUAUGUGUGGUUUUCUUUCACAUUUCAAAUUUUAUUAGCAAUUUAUUUGAAACUUACUAAUUUGUUUAAUAUUCAUAAAAAGCCUUAUAUUAAAUAGUUAUGACUAAUGAAAGUGAUAGGAGUCUAUUGGAUUCAUCGGCAUAUCCUGGUUAGGAAUAGCAACAACACAGUGACAUCUUUUUCAAAGAGAAUUCUAGAGUAGCCUGCAAGUUUUGCCAUGUUUUAUUUAGGGAAUGGCUUCAGUCAGUUAGAUUUAACCUAUUUUAUAAUUAUAUUUAAAAGGGAACUUCAUUCUUAUUGCUCAAUGAGGAUUUUUUGUAUGUUAGGUCAGAUUUGUAUUGACGCUUUGUUACUGAGAGCACAGCAAAUAUUUAAAAUUUAAUUUAAAAGUUAAUUUUAUAUUUUUUAUAUGUUUUUAAUUUUGAAACAUUAGUGCUUGGCAUUUUCUGAUGUUACCCCUCAAGCACCUGUUCACUUCCUGGUUAUUCCCAAGAAAAUGAUACCUAUGCUUAGUCUGGCAAAUAGAAAUGAUGAUCUGGUAAGAUGUGAUUUUAUUAUAUUGGCAAACUACUAUUUAUGAGUAAAUUAGGUAGUUGAAUUAUUCAUGAACAAUGAGACCAAGGUAAAAAAAAAACAAAAAAAACAGUGAUCAAAAGACUUUUUUAGUUUUGUGAAGUUGAAAAUCCAAGGUUAAGGACAUAAGUUUCCAUUUAUCGUUAUCAUGUAAUCAAUUUAUUUUUAUUGCUGAAACCAUGUUCAAUGUCACAUAUACUUUUUUGUUUGUUGAUUUCUCUUCUUCUUUUGAAAAAUUUAUAUAAUUAGAUUUGACGUUGGUAAUCACAUUAGUAUUGUUAGUAUUUAUGUCGAAAGCUCUUCUGUUAUUAGUUACUAGGACACCUGCUUAUUGUAGCAAAGAAUGUGGCAGAACAACAGAAUCUUGAAAAGGGAUACAGAGUUGGUGAGUGCUAAUGUGAUUAAAUAUCAAGUGCUAGUUGCAAUGUUGUUGUUUUUUAUUGGAGUUAUCUAGUUUUACCUCCUGAAAUAUAAACUCACAGUUUGAAUUAAAAUUCUUCAUUGUUUUAAUGGUUAAUAUAAGUUAGGACCGAAGGAUGUACACAUUCAUUUGUUCCCGAGUCUGUUAGAAUUUACCAACAUGCUCCAAUGCCUGUUACAAAAUCUCAAUAAUCGCUCUUAAAAUUCAAUAUUAUCACUUAAGGAGUGCAGCGUUAUGGGUAUGACGGCUGAUUUUUGUGUUUGAGAAAUACUUUAUACGUUUUGUGUAUAAAUUGUUCUGGUUUAAAAUGAUGUCUUGGUAGGAAUAUUUAUCUAUGUGCUGAAAAUGAGUAAGUACAAUGUUAUCAAAAAGCAUUUCCAUGUAUAUUUUAUUGAUACAAACAAAUGGAAAUUCCUUUUGAUUACAUUUUAUUGAUCCAAAAUUUUAUUUUUAAUUUUUUUUCAAACCCUCUCAAGAUGAGGGAUAUUUUCACUCAGCAGUAACAGAGCUAUCUAUGACUUACUUGUGUGCUUGCAAAAUAAUAUUUAAGUAUGGCUUAUUCUUUGAUCAGUAACUCUAAUUUUCUGACUAGAAUUUUCAAGUGGAAGUUUUUGUAGUAUUUAUUUACUUCUCUAUAGAAUAAAAAUUUCAGCAGAUUCUUUUAUUAAGGUUAUUCUUUAAAAAAUUGACUAUAGCAAUUAAAUUGUAUCUAAUCUAUGCAAUUCAAUUCCAUAGUCUAAAAUGUUUGAGUUAAAUGUUAAACAUCUUUUAAUUCUCUUUGUCAACAGUGAUCAACAAUGGCCCUCACGGAUCACAAUCUGUUUAUCACCUACACAUACAUGUUCUUGGAGGGCGACAGAUGGAGUGGCCUCCUGGUUAACAAAGUUGUAUUUUAAAAAAAAAAAAAAAAAUUAUCAUUUGCUUGUGCUUAGAGAAAAUAUUGCAGAGUGAUGAAUUUUAAACUUUAAAGGAAUGAAAGAAGUCCUGAUUCUUUCUAAAAACAUUAACAAGUCAAGUUGUAUACAAUAUAAUUUUACAUGAUGACCAAAUAGGCGAGGUGGAGUAAAUGUGCACAGAUUGCGACACUAGUUAUGAUACACUAUUUUAAAAAUAUUGUUUGUAAAUGGAGAAAAAUUGCAAUGAAUUGUUCUAGUUGUUAAGAAAGUAGUUAAUAAAAAUCAUUAUAGUAUAGAAAUGAUCUGAUUUGACCAAAUCAAGCUGCUGGAUGAUGUUAUAUAACGAAACGAUCUUCUUUAAAUCCUUUUAAUGUCAUUAUGUUGGAAAUUGUAUGUUAAUCAAAUGUUUAUUGUGUUGUGAUUUUUGUAUUGUCUAUUCAAACAUUUAAUAACUUGUGGUUUUUUUUAAUGCAAGAAUAAUUUGGUAGAUUUAAAAUUAAAAUAAAAUAAUGUACAGCUAGUUGACACAAGAUGGCUUUUAUUUUCAUUUAUCAAAU